GAUGCCCAGUAAAACCAGUAACCUGAGUUGUAUGAAAGGCCUAGAUAAAAUGCUUAGUUAACAAAUGUAAAGGAGAUGCUCUUGAAUUGGCAGAAGGUGCCACUAAAUGCUAAACCUUGAAUUCACUAUCAGCCUCGGUGGGAAAGAAAAUCAUAAACAACUGUAAAAGAGAAAUCAGAUUAAGAAUCUCAAAAAAGCAUGCUUUUUUCAUGAGUAAGCUUUGAUCUUAGAUCCGAGAGCCUUUUACUUCUACGAGGACGAGAAGAUUCAUGUAGCUUAUGGCAAAGUUUGUCGAAUUUCCUUCGGUUUCUUUUCUUGAUUGUUUCUUCGUUCUCAUGCCACUUUUCCUCCUCUUCAGAACCUCUAUCCGUGAUCCAAUCCUCCUCUGAUUCCUCUGGUGGUAUAAGAAGGGGAUUACCCAAGGGUUGGAUCUCAUGAUCGGAGUUGUAGUGUACAUUCCAAUGUUUGCUAAGGACUUGCAGGUUGCAGACAUUGGUAAAUCCUUGGAGAGGGGAGGGUUUUCUGGACUCCGUGUCAUCUCCAUUAGCAGGUUCACUGUAGUUAUCAUCCUCAAAACACAAACUGACUUCCUUCCUAGGCUGUUAUCUAGAAGGACGUGGAGAGCAAAUGGUCACCAGAUGUAUCUCUCUAAAUGGGAUCCUCUUUUAGAGGAUAAGCUUGACAGCCCUUUGGCUCUCGUCUGGGUCACGCUCAAGCACAUCCCCUUCUUCCUUACAAACGCCCAAUCUCUAUUCUCUAUUGUGAAAACUCUAGGGAAACCCAUUCAAAUGGAUGAGACCACAGCGAGGGGUGGGUAUUUCAAUUCUACAAGAGUUCUGGUGGAGAUGGAAGCGUCCAAACCCAAACAACCUGCCAUUCUGGUACGUACUCCUGCAUGGGAACGUGAAAUACAACUCACGUAUGACCUUCCUUCUUACUGCAUGACUUGUGGACGCUGGGGUCACUGCUGCAUAAAAUCCCAACCCGUCGGAAAAGUCCUCACCGGCGGGGCAAUCUUGGUAAGGCAGCAAGCUGAUAAGGAGAUCAAGCCAAAUAACACACAUCAGUGGUUCCGUAUUCAGAGGAAAGGAAAGGCAACAGCUCAUAAUGUGAUGGCAGACAUCCAGCACACUCAGGCUAAUGGGCAAACGAACAAAGCCAAGCAAUGCUCAGAUAUUUCGGGCCCUUCCAAGUUGGGGUACACAGAGCAAAACAGGCCCAAUUUACAUAUGCAUAAUGUUAUUGGAUCCCCAAAAAGCCCAAGUGUCUCAUCCAAACUUGAAGCUGGGCCAACUACUAGCCCACUGGUGCACAGUCUCUCCUCAACAGGCCUAUCCAGCCCACCUAAACUACAAACUCCCAAGGCCUCACUUUGCAAACAAGUAGGAGCUAAUAAUGAACACUCCUCUCCUUUAAACUACCUGGAACUUCUCUCCACCAUUGAGGACAUUGACACCCCAAGUACCCCUACAUGCAUUCACUCUGAUGAGGAAGGUGAGAGGGCUCAGGAUAAGAGUCCUCUUCAUGCCCUGGAGAACAAUUUUUCUCAGGCUAAUAUCAAUGCAGUCCCUUUCAUGAAGGGUAGAGCUGCAAUGCUUGGCCCAUUGUGGAUUUCUUCUGUCUAUGGCAGGCACACCAGGGCUGAAAGAACUGCAUUAUGGAAUGCCAUAUCAUCUAGGGCCCCUAGCAUACAUCCAUGGAUCAUUGGAGGAGAUUUUAACUGCAUCCACAGCCUUGACCAACACAAAGGAAACUGCAAUCCUUGCAAUAACUCAGUGGAGGAUUUUAGAGAAUGCAUGGAAGCUGGCAAUCUCCUUUACAUUCAUCCUUUAGGAGGACAUUUUUCUUGGAGUGGGAAACGAAGCAAUGGGAAGCUUUGGCGCAGACUGGACCAUGUUUUUAGCAACCAACAGAUGCUGGAUAGGACUAGCAGUCUACAACUCUCUAUGCUUAGUAAGGGAGCAUCAGAUCAUAUGCCUUUUCUCUUGGAACUCUCCUUGGAUACUUAUUCUAGUCCCAAACCCUUCCGGUUCUUGGACUUGUGGGUUUCACACCACACUUUAGAAGGCACCAUCAGAUCUUUUUGGGAGAGCAAUAAAACUUACAAUGGAAUGAAAGGCCUUGGGAGAAAACUCAAGGAUCUCAAGGCCAUUUUGUCCAAAUGGAGCAAGGAGGAGUUUGGUAACAUCUUCAGCAACUUAAGGAGGCAGAAUCUAGAGCAAGCAGGGCACAAGAUCAUUUUGAGGCAAACCCAAACCCGGAAUCUUUGGUUGAAUUUAACAAGGCCAAUGCUGAAUUACUCUUAUUUUCCAAAAGAGAAACUGACUUUUGGAGGCAGAAGUCUUGCAUCAGAUGGUUAAAAGAGGGGGAUAAUUUUUAUGUACAAAGUUGUUUUUGAAUAUAGAUAAGUGUUAUCU